AUGUUUAAAGAGGAGAUCAGUUCAUGUGUCAAUCCUUCUGAUGGUGUUAUGGCAGAAUCUGAUAAGGAAGAGGAGCUUGAUGUAACAAAAGCAAAGGUGGAGAAAGUCAGAGAAGAAAACUUGAAGUUAAAGCUCUUACUGUCUACGAUUCUUACUGAUUACAACUCUCUUCAAAUGCAUGUCUCCAAAGUUCUCCAACAACAACGUGGAGCUUCUGUGGAGCUAGACAUUAAUCGUCACGACGAUUUCGGUGUAGAUAUAUCUCUUAGGCUUGGAAGACCAGAGCUGAAAAUAUACCAAAAAGACGAAGUGCCAAAGAAGACGAGUUUGGAAAAGAUUUCUGAACGUAACAAGGAAGGGUCAGAGAAGAAAAGAUCUGCAUUCGGUUUAGAUUUUCGGAUUCAAAGUUUCAAAGAUCGACCGAAUAUUGACGAAACCAUGAAGUUAGAUUAUAUAUCUAGAGGUGUUAAGGAAGCAAAUGCGGUGAAUAAAUGUGUAUCUUCGAGGAAAGAUGUCAAAACGGCUAGAAAUGAAAACCAACAAGAGGUUUUGGAGACGCAUGAGCAACCAAGUUUAAAGAAAACUAGAGUUUGUGUUAAAGCUACAUGUGAAGACCCAUUAAUAAACGAUGGUUGCCAAUGGAGGAAAUACGGUCAAAAGACUGCAAAAACGAAUCCUCUUCCACGAGCCUAUUACCGUUGCUCCAUGUCAACAAAUUGUCCCGUCAGAAAACAGGUCCAAAGAUGCGGAGAAGAUGAGAACUCUGAUUAUAUGACGACGUACGAAGGAAAUCACGACCAUCCUCUUCCCAUGGAAGCAACUCACAUGGCUGCCGGAACUUCUGCUGCGGCCUCCUUAUUACAAUCUGGCUCCUCUUCCUCCGCGAGUCUAAACAAUUUCUUUCCUUUUCACCACUUCUCGGUCUCAACCACUAACUCCCACCCCACAGUAACACUUGACCUCACAAGACCAAACUAUCUUAAUCAAUUACAAAACUAUCCACUUUCUUCUUCUUCGUCUCUCAGCUUCUCCUCCCCUGAUCGUCCAUCUCCGUCAAACAGUCACACAUUGAGCUUCAAUGGCUUGAGAUCACAAGCUCCCUUGAAUACAUAUUCACAUCAAACCAGACUCUCUGGACAACAGUGA